AUGGCAGAAUCAAGAAGUGCGGUGAACGAGCCCCUGGACCUCGUCCGUCUCUCGUUGGACGAGAAGGUUUACGUCAAGUUGCGCGGUGACAGAGAGUUGAGAGGGAGACUACACGCUUACGACGGACACAUGAACCUUGUCCUCAGUGACGUUGACGAGACGAUCACCGUGGUCGACACGGAUGUUGAUGCUGGGAUGGAUGAUGCUAUCAGGACUGUGAAGAAGCGAUCUGAGAUGUUGUUCGUGCGCGGAGACAGUGUCAUCAUGAUUAGCCCACCAAAGGCUCAGUAAGGAGCGAGUGAGGUUCAGACGGUGUACGCUGGCAGACGAAACGAACUACGGAACGUGUACGAGUACGCGAAGAGCGAUUGUUGCUCUAGAUACCAUCGCGUAAGGAGGGAAGGAAGUACGUGCAAGC